AUGAGAACUAUUAAUGUAAAAAAUGUAAAAUGUUUUGUAGGCGAAAAGAAACUAGCAAAAGUAAUCUGUCCUGAUAAAUGGAAGGAAGGAUCAAGGAACACAACAGUUGGUACUGAUCGAAAAUUACACGAAAAUAAAUUAUUAAGUAAACCGGGAAAAGCCAGAUUCAAACCAUAUGAAAACAAAUGCAAAAUCUGUAAGUCUCGUGUACAUCAAGAACAUGCACAUUAUUGUCAAGGUUGUGCUUAUAAACAAGGAAUAUGUGCCAUGUGUGGAAAACAAAUUCUCGAUACGUCUAUGUAUAAACAAACUGCUAAAUAA